AAACACAAUUAACAAUGCAAUCUCCACAAUUCUGGCUUCAAGAUGUCAAACCAAAAUGGUUACCUGAAGGUUUCCAAGUUCCAACUGAAAUGAUGGAUCAAAUUGAACAAUUAACUCAAGAAGCACAGAAUGCCUAUUAUUCUGUAGAUAAAGAACGUAAUGGAUUCUUGAGAAGAAGAGAAUUCAAGAAGGCAAUGAAGAAAUUGGGUAUUAACAAGUUUGAAGCAAAACAUAUGUUAAUCUUGGUUGAUCAAGAACGUCUCAAGGUUGUUAGCAUUAAGAACUAUGUCAAUGCCUACUUGUUUAUUAAGAGUGGUGGUUUGAAUCAUGAACACACUGAUUAUCAAGGUCCAAUUACAACUGGUGUUGACAAGAGAGAGCACUUACUCAAAAAUCAAUCCCAAUUAAUCAAAGUUGACUUUAAAACUUUCGUUAACAAUCAAGGAACAGCCAACGUUUCAGCAGCAUUCAUUACCCAAAAUGGUUUCACAAGAAUUCCACGUGGUAUUUUCAUUUGGUUAAUAGUCAACUUGAAGAAUGCAGCCACUGGCAUGUUCUUAUGUUCUGAGAAUGGAAAAAUUGUUGCCAAUCGUCCAGCUGCUGGCACUUGGGAAACUUUCACAUUUUACAACCAUACCGAUUGGGCAGAUAGUUUCCUUCGUGCCUUUAAAACAGUUUGGAACACUUACUUGUGUUGUGAAGAUACUAAUAUCCUCGUUGAUAAUAGAGCUAACAUUGGAGAUUGGGAAAAGUUUGAAGCUUUCCCAUGUCCUGGUGGUUAUUAUUUCAAAUCUUGGACAGGAAAGUAUAUUUCUGGUGAUGCUUCUGGAAAUGUUUCAAUGGCAAACUCUGUUGGUCUAAAUGAAGCAUGGGAUAUUACAAUUCUUGGAUCAUAUCCAUAGAUGUUAGAUGUUGCAUUGAUUAAGGACUAUUGUAUAUUAUAUUAUUGUAUUAUUAUUGUAUUUAAAGACUCAGUAAAAAGUGAAUUCCCAACUCAA